AUUCAAUAAUGCUGUACGAUUGGAACAAAUAAAACUUUACGAGUUAUUAGUUUCACAUAGUGGUACUCUUCUUGCACAUGAACCAGUUACGAGGCCGCUUCUGCGAUUGUUAGAAGAAUGUGCAAAUGAUGUUAUGCCAUUAGAAGUGGAAAAGAAAUUAGUAGUAUUGUUGAAUCAGCUAUGUGUUGCCUUAAUGCAAAAUAUGGCAUUACUUGACUUGUUCUUUCAUCCAACUGCAACUGCGAAGAAUAAAUUUAUUAUAUUUAAUCUACUAAUUCCUCACGUUCAUCGAGAAGGUGGUAUUGGUCAGCAAGCACGUGACGCUAUGUUAUUAUGUAUGUCACUUUCAAAAAAAAAUGACAAAGUUGGAUUAUACAUCGCUGACCAUUCCAACAUAUGUCCUGUACUAGCUACAGGAUUGAGUGGCCUUUAUUCUUUACUCCCAAGGAAACUCGACAUUGAAACAGACGAUUGGCAUCAAUUGACACCGGACGACGUGAAUGACUUACCUGCACUUACACAACUCAUGAAUUCUCUGGAAUUCUGCAACGCAGUUGCGCAAGUAGCACAUCCAAUGAUAGAGAAACAGUUACUUGAAUUUUUAUAUCAGGGUUUUCUGAUUCCUGUUAUGGGUCCAGCAUUGUUACAAGUGAGUGUUUAUUUAACAAAAAUAAAAAACAAUUAUACAUAAAAAUUUUACUAUCAAUAUUUCAUGAUAUAA